AUGACAAACCAAUCGAUCGGGAUUGGUUCUAUCUCAGUACAGGCAGUUGGUUACACCGAGGAGCGGCCUUCCACACAGUUUACCGCCCAGCUCCCGAGUGAGGUGAGCCCGGCCCCCGCCGGCCCCGCCCCCACUCCUCAGCCGGCGCUUCAGCCUCUAUCCUAUGCCCUUCUGCACCUCUCCGCCUCAGACUCGACAGACCCGCCUUUCCUCCAGGUACAGCUCCCGUCUUCGCCUGUCUCCCCUCCUCCGCCACCGGCGAGCGGCAAGUCCAUCUCCAUGUGCUACACCAGCACUGGAACACUCCUCUCUCUGCCACCGAAGAAGAAAGACAUCUACCGCCCAUACUGCCUCGUGGACCGCGCGUCACACCUCAACCGCCCCGAGGAGGACCUCAACGCAGCACAUGCUAUCCUCGACCUCAGCCAGCACGUGUUCCUGUCGCCGCGCGUGGAGCCGGCGCCCCCCGAGUCUGUGCCACCUCCCCCGCCGCCUGCACCGUCACCGCCGCCACCGCCACCGCCGCCUCCCCCGCCGCCACCACCCGAACAGCCUGCACAAGAAACAAUCGCUGAGCGACCACGAGAGACCAUCGCAUACACGAGCGAGCGCGUCGGGCGGGCGCCGCAUCGCGCGCCGGACGCGCCGCGACACAAUCGAGCAACGUUUCGCAUACAACGAAUCACGUACGACCCCGUAGAGCCGCGGCCAACGCGGCCGCAGGCCGUAGCGUCACACGUCCCGAUAGCGGUAAUUUAA